AUGGAGAAGUUAAAGACAUGUAUUCAAUUUUCUACACAAAAGCAUACACAAGUUCGUGAUUUGGAUGCAUUUGUGCCAUACACCAUGCCUCCAGUUGAUGGAACAUCUCAAUGGCUACGAAAAACGAUAGAUUCAGCGGCCGUAAUAUUGUUUAGCAAGACGACUUGUCCUUAUUGCAAAAAUGUGAAGGAUGUUUUGGCUGAAGCAAAGAUUAAGCAUGCUACAAUUGAACUGGAUCAAUUAUCCAAUGGUUCGGCCAUUCAGAAGUCCUUAGCCAGCUUCUCGAAAAUUGAAACAGUUCCUCAAAUGUUUGUUAGGGGCAAAUUCAUCGGGGAUUCUCAGAUGGUAUUAAAAUACCACCGUAAUAAUGAAUUGACGAGUAUUGUCAAUGAAAGCAAGUAUGACUAUGAUUUGAUAGUUAUCGGUGGAGGAUCUGGUGGACUUGCUGCUGGAAAGGAGGCUGCUAAAUACGGUGCGAAAACAGCCGUUUUGGACUUUGUAGAACCUACUCCAAUAGGUACCACUUGGGGAUUAGGUGGGACGUGCGUAAACGUCGGAUGUAUCCCGAAAAAAUUGAUGCACCAAGCUGGACUCUUAAGUCAUGCUUUGGAAGACGCAGAACAUUUCGGAUGGAGCUUGGAUCGAUCGAAAAUUUCGCAUAAUUGGUCAACUAUGGUUGAGGGGGUUCAAAGUCACAUCGGUUCUCUAAACUGGGGUUAUAAAGUUGCACUAAGAGAUAAUCAAGUCACGUAUCUGAAUGCUAAAGGGAUGCUUAUAAGCCCUCAUGAGGUGCAGAUUACAGAUAAGAACCAAAAAGUAUCUAUAAUAACUGGAGACAAAAUUAUCUUAGCUACUGGUGAACGCCCAAAAUACCCAGAAAUACCUGGAGCGGUUGAAUAUGGGAUUACAAGCGAUGAUUUAUUUUCUUUGCCAUACUUCCCGGGCAAAACACUAGUCAUUGGAGCAAGUUACGUUGCACUGGAAUGUGCUGGUUUCCUUGCUAGUUUAGGCGGUGAUGUUACCGUUAUGGUUCGUUCCAUUUUACUUCGUGGUUUCGAUCAACAAAUGGCUGAAAAGGUUGGUGACUACAUGGAGAAUCAUGGAGUCAAGUUUGCAAAGUUAUGUAUACCAGAUGAGAUCAAACAAUUGAAAGCAGUAGAUACUGAAAAUAAUAAACCUGGACUUUUGCUUGUUAAGGGUCAUUAUACCGACGGUAAAAAGUUUGAAGAAGAAUUUGAAACGGUCAUUUUUGCUGUUGGUCGUGAACCACAAUUAUCGAAGGUUCUUUGUACAACCGUGGGUGUUAAACUAGACAAGAAUGGUCGAGUUGUAUGCACAGAUGAUGAACAAACUACAGUCAGUAAUGUUUAUGCCAUCGGAGAUAUCAAUGCUGGAAAACCACAAUUAACUCCCGUGGCUAUUCAAGCUGGGCGCUACUUGGCUAAACGUUUGUUUGCUGGUGCAACUGAACUAACUGACUAUUCCAAUGUUGCUACAACUGUUUUCACUCCACUUGAAUAUGGGGCUUGUGGAUUGAGUGAAGAAGAUGCAAUUGAAAAAUAUGGUGAUAAGGAUAUUGAGGUGUAUCAUUCAAAUUUUAAACCUUUGGAAUGGACUGUCGCUCAUCGUGAAGAUAACGUUUGUUACAUGAAACUUGUUUGUCGUAAAUCUGAUCACAUGCGUGUACUGGGUCUGCAUGUUUUGGGUCCUAAUGCUGGGGAGAUAACACAGGGAUAUGCAGUUGCAAUUAAAAUGGGUGCAACUAAAGCAGAUUUCGAUCGUACAAUUGGAAUUCACCCAACUUGUUCUGAGACAUUUACAACGUUACAUGUAACUAAAAAGUCUGGCGUGUCACCCACAGUGAGCGGUUGCUGA